AUGUCGUUUUUGAGUGGCCUCAAGAAAGUGCUUCACUUAGGUAACAAUGAAGCGAAAAAGAAGAAAGUAUUCAACAACAUCCAUAUGGAUUGUGACGUUGACGAUUUUUGGGAAAUGAUUGGUGAACUUGGUGAUGGAGCUUUUGGCAAAGUCUACAAGGCUCAACACCGAGAAACUGGACAGUUGGCUGCUGCUAAAAUGUGUAUUUUAGAAGGUGAAGAUGAUUUAGCUGAUUUUAUGAUUGAAAUUGACAUUUUAGCCGAAUGUAAACAUUCAAAUAUUGUUCAAUUAUAUGAAGCAUUUUUUGUUAACUCUAAACUUUGGAUGCUGAUUGAGUAUUGUGAUGGAGGUGCUUUAGAUUCAAUUAUGGUAGAGCUAGAUCGUGCAUUAAUUGAAGAACAAAUAGCUUAUGUUUGCAAGUAUAUGUGUGAAGGGUUAGCGUUUCUUCAUAAAUGUAAAGUUAUACACCGUGAUCUUAAAGCUGGAAAUGUACUUUUAACAACUAGUGCUGGUGUUAAGAUUGCUGAUUUUGGUGUUUCUGCUAAGAAUAAACAAACAUUACAGAAACAUGAUACUUUUAUUGGAACACCUUAUUGGAUGGCUCCUGAAGUAGUUUUAUGCGAAACUUUUAGGGAUAAUCCUUAUGAUUUUAAAGUAGACAUUUGGUCUUUAGGGAUAACACUUAUAGAAUUAGCACAAAUGGAACCUCCAAAUCAUGAAAUGUCUCCUAUGCGUGUAUUACUUAAAAUACAAAAAUCUGAUCCUCCUAAAUUAGAGCAACCAUCUAAAUGGUCUAAAAAUUUCAAUGACUUUGUAGCACAUGCUCUUAUAAAAGAUCCAGUUCAAAGGCCAACUGCAGAUGAUCUUCUUAAACACCCAUUUGUCAAUGGAAAUAUAGAUCCUAAACCUAUUCGAGAUUUAUUACUUGAAUAUAAGGCAGAGGUGGUUGAAGAAGAAGUUGUAGAUGAAGAACCUGAGGAAUCACCACAAUCUACUCAGUUACCUCCCCUGGACUUGGAUGCAGUCGAAGAUGACACUGUAUCUGUUAAAAGUGAACCUGAAACUAAAGAUGUAGCUGAAAUGAAACCAAAAAUACAAAAAAAACGAGAGAUGGAUGAAGAAUCAUCAGAUAGUAAAAAAAUCAAAACGGACGAAAAAACCUUAGAAGUUUGUGAAUCCGAGCCAGUUAUUUCGUCAAAAGAAAUUUCUUCUAAAAAAAAUGUGGUAAAAAAACAUUCAGAAAACAAAGGUCCAGCGCCACCACCACCCCCUCUGCCACCACCAUCUUCAGUUGUGAAAUUAGUAUCAAAUGAAGAAUCACUGAAUUUACCAAUUGUAUUAAAAGUUCAGGAUGCUAACCAAGAAAAUGAAAAAGAAUCAGUGGCUGAACUUAAAGAUCUUGAAGUACCAAAAUCAAAGAGUAAUGAGUAUUCAGAAAUUCACGAUUCUAUUAACAAUAAUUCUGAAACAGAAAAACAGCCUAUUCAUAUUGGUGAAGAGGAGAACCGAUCUGUAUCUAUUCAAUCAAUACAAUUACGUAAACAUGAUAUAUCUAGCUCUAGACCUAUAUCAGUUGCUGCUAGUAACAAUGGUCCAAUUGUAAACUCUAUAGAAGACUCUCAAAUAAGAACUAGAAGACGGAGUUCAUCUGCUUCUAAUCGUAAUCAAAGAAGGCCUUCUCCUCCAUCUUUGGAUAAGGUUUUACAAAUGAAUCAGAAUGUUGAAAAAAAUAAAGGAAAGAUGCCAACUGCUGUUAUGAAUGAAUUAGCUGGGAGACUUCAAAAUAACCAAGAUGAGACUGAUCGAAUAAACAAUAAAGAUAAUAUUGAACAAAAUGACAAUUUAAUCAAUGGAGGUACUUUGGUAAGGGUGGGAUCUUUGAGCGCAAUUGAUUCAAAGGUUACUGUUGUAACUACCACACAUCCACCUGUUCUUCAGACACAUCCUCCAGGACUACAUACCCAAGUGAUUAUAGUUGCUGAUACAAACACUAAGUCACAGAUUGAGAAAAAAGAUGAGGUUGUUGUGAUAAAUUCGUCGCAAGCUAACGAAGAAGAAUUAGAUGCUAGUCAUGUGUCUGUUAUAACAGUAGGAGAAGAACCUUCUGUUAAAGAAUUAGGUCCAUGGAAUAGUAAAGAAGAGGUUGAAGUUUCUAAACCAAUUUGUGUACCUGUAAAUACAGAUACCAAUAAAGUGAAAAUGAAUGGACGGGCUACAAUGGUUAAGCCCAGUGAUCCAACAGAAGUAUACAUUGUAGUUAACAAUUCAACAAAUGUACAUAAAUCGUCAAAACAUUCUGAUGGAAUUGUGGUAAAUAAUAAACACCAUGUUUCACCAACACGAUCUACAUCUCGUUCACAUUCAGAUAGUGGAUCAGUAUAUAGUAGUGGAGGCCAGCGAACUCCACCUUCAGCUGCUAGUACACGUACAUUUGACAGAUCAGAUGCAGAGAGUGUUUCAACUACUAUUAGUCAUGAUAGUCGGAGUAGUAAUAAAGAGAACAAUUUGCCUCCCCGAGAAUUUGAAGAUGAAGUUGUUUUACGUAAAAAACCAGAGUAUAGCAGAGAAAUGAAGAGGACUAGUCGAAAUAUAAGUAAAGAAGAACUAGAAAUAAGAAACAUGAAAAAAAAGACAAGAAAACGAACAAGAAAGUUUGAGGUAGAUGGUGUAGUUGUGACAACAACAACUAGCAAAGUAAUUUAUGGUGAUGAAGAUUCCAGUCAUGGAUACAAUGAUCAGAUAUUUAGAAAACAAGAACUAAGAGAACUAAAAAUGUUGCAAAAACAAGAGCAAAAACAGUUUCAAGAUUUAUCAUUUAAAGCAGUCAUAUCUAAAGAGCAACAAGAUAAAAAGUUCGAGCAGGAAAGAAUGACAUUAAUUAAACAAUAUGAAGCUGAUUUAGAUACAAUGGUCAAGCAACAACGUCAAGCUGUCGAGAGAGCUGAAACACAGCAAGAGGCAGAUUUAAGAAUGACAUCUAAAAAAAUUCGUUUAGAACAAGAGCGAGAAUUAAAAGAAUUCAGAGAAGGUCUAAAACAAGAGUUACGACUAUUAAAGCAGGAAGUAGAUUUAAAGCCUAAAGAAAGGCGGAAAAAUUUAUUUAAGGAUAAAAAAGAGAAGUUAGAGACUGAACAUGAGGAGAGAGAAAAAUUAUUCCUUGAGAAACUAAAUGAAAAUCAUGAAAGUUCCUUGAGUAGACUGAGUGAUGCUCAUCAGGAGAAAAUUGCGCUUAUGGAACGUCAAUAUUUACAACAGAAACAACAGUUAAUGCGAGCCAGAGAAGCUGCUUUGUGGGAAAUGGAAGAACGGCAAAUACAUGAAAAACAACAGUUAGCCAAAAGACAGCUUAAAGAUGGUUUUUUCUUGCAGAGGCAUCAAAUGUUAAUAAGACAUGAAAAAGAAUUAGAACAGAUGAAACGUAUGAAUAUACGUAAGGAUGAAGAAAUGCAAAAACGACAGGGUGUUGAAAAACGAUCUUUGCCUAAACGUAUUCGUUCUGAAAUGAAAGCACGAGAGAUGAUGUUCCGUGAAUCUGUAAGAAUAAGUAUGGCAACUAAUCCAAAUCCUGAUACAGAGUAUGAACGUAACCGGCUUAAGAAGUUUCAAGAAAAUGAGAAAAAAAGAUAUCGUAAUGAGACGCUUGCAUUUGAAAUGAAGCAGCAACGACAGCUUGAAGAGCUUAGAAUUGCAAAUGACACAACUAUUAGAGAGCUUGAACAGCUUCAGAAUGAAAAACGUAAAAUGCUGAUGGAGCAUGAAACAACUAAGUUGAAAGAGCAAGAAGAGUUGUAUGCUCGUGAGUUGAGAGAAUGGAAAGCUCAUCUCAAACCUAGGAAACAGAAACUUGAAGAACAGUUUGCUAUACAGUUAGAAGAACAAGAAGCAAUAUUUGGGCCACCAAAUAAUAUGUUGCCAAUUAAUACCAGCCCACCUUCUCAUCAUCGUUCUUAUCGUCACAGAAGCUCUACUCGCAGUAGUCUAUCAUCUAUGUCAGCAGAUUGA